AUGUCGCCACCCGACGCCCACAUCUACCCCGAGGCCACCGGCCUAGCCAUCAACACUGUGAAAGCCCACCAAGCCCCCGCCCCGCUCAAGCUCUACGCCGGCUGGUUCUGCCCCUUCGUGCAGCGCGUGUGGCUCGUGCUCGAAGAGAAGCAGAUCCCGUACACCUACAUCGAAGUGAACCCCUACCACAAACCCGCGUCGCUCCUCUCCCUCAACCCGCGCGGCCUCGUCCCCACGCUCGAGCACGACGGCAAGCCCCUCUACGAGAGCACCGUCGUCGUCGACUUCCUCAACGAGGCGUACCCGGCCGCCCCCGGCGCCGGCACCGCGCCGCUCUAUCCGCCCGACCCGUACGACAAGGCCCGCCAGCGCAUCUGGAUGGACUUCGUGACCAGCCGCAUCAUUCCCGCGUAUCAUCGGUUUUUGCAGUAUGACGGGCCGGAGGGGGAGGAGGGGUUGGCGAAGGUGCGGGCGGAGUAUUUGGGGUAUUUGAGGGAGUGGAUCGGGGAGGCGGAUGCGGAGGGCCCGUGGUGGGGCGGGAAGGAGCCCGGGGCUGUGGAUUGGAAUAUCGCGCCGUGGGUGAUCCGCAACUGGGUUUUUGACGAGUUCAAGGGCGGCUCGGGAAUCCCGAAGGAGGGAGAGAAGGGGGAUGAUGCCGUUUGGAAGAGGUGGCGGAAGUUUGCCGAGGCGGUUGCGGACAGAAGGAGUGUGAGGGAGACGACGAGUGAUGCGGAGCACUACAGGCCACUGUACAAGCGCUAUGCGGACAAUACUGCUCAGUCGGAGCUGGCCAAGAGCAUCCGUGCUGGCAGGGGCGUAGUGUAA